UUUUUUUUACUCUUAUCUCUCCAAUAUGAAACUUAGUCUUAUCGCCAGUGCUUUGUUAGUUGCUUCUGUAGCCAAUGCAAAGCCUCUUUCUUAUCAAGAUCCUAAUAAUAACUUAGCUCCUUUGUAUAUCUCACCAGAAACAGAAACUAUUGCCAAUUCUUACAUUGUUGUCCUUAAAGACUCUCUUCAAUCUCAUGAAAUCAAAGAACAUGCUGCUUGGAUCAAUACCUUGACUGAAUCUAGCAGAGCCAAAAUGCAAGCUUAUGACUUCUUGGAUCCUCAUGCUACUGUGGCUGGUAUCAAGCAUGUCUAUGAUACACCUAAUCUAAAGGGUUACGCAGGCAAAUUUGAUGAACAAGUCUUGGAGGCUAUUCGUCAAUCAGACGAUGUUGCCUUCGUUGAACACGACUCUGUGGUCUAUGCCAAUGAAUUACAACGUAAUGCUCCUUGGGGUUUGGCUCGUAUCUCUCAUCGUAACCCGCUCACAUUUAAGAACUACCAACAAUACGAAUUCAAUCCUGAAGGCGGUAAAGGUGUUAAGGUCUAUGUGAUUGAUACUGGUAUUAAUGUGGAUCAUAUUGAUUUUGAGAAUCGUGCUGCCUGGGGUCACACUGUCCCUUCAAACGAUGUGGAUGAAGAUGGAAAUGGUCACGGUAGUCAUUGUGCUGGUACCAUUGCUGGUAAACGAUAUGGUGUUGCAAAGAAAGCUCAACCUGUUGCUGUUAAGGUUUUGAGAAGCAGUGGUAGUGGUACAAUGAGUGAUGUUGUGCGUGGUGUUGACUGGGCUACUACUGAACAUCUCAAGGAAGCUGCUGCGGCCAAGAAGAACAACACAAAGUAUAAGGGUGCUGUUGCCAACAUGAGUUUGGGUGGUGGUAAAUCUCCCUCUUUGGAUCUCGCUGUAAAUGGUGCUGUUGAUUCAGGUGUCGUCUUUGCUGUAGCUGCUGGUAACGAUAACCGUGAUGCCUGUAACUAUAGUCCUGCUGCUGCUGAAAAGGCCAUUACUGUUGGUGCUUCUACUCUUGCUGAUGAACGUGCUUACUUCUCAAACUACGGUGAAUGCGUAGAUGUCUUUGCUCCAGGUCUUAAUAUCUUAUCUGUCUGGAAAGGUAGCCGAUAUGCUACCAACACUAUCUCUGGUACAUCUAUGGCAUCACCUCAUAUUGCUGGUCUUGCUGCUUAUUUGUUAAGUUUAGAAGAAGGUGAAGUGACACCCAAGGAAAUCAAGGACAAAAUCCUUCGUCUGGCUACUAAGGGCGCUCUUGAAAGUCUUCCUAAAGACACUCCCAACUUGCUUGCUUACAAUGGUAUUAGUGAGAAGGACUUCAAGGAAGUGUUAUCAGAUGCUGUUGACAGUGUUGAUGGCGUCUUGAAGGAAUUCUUUGGUGAUAUCUAAAUAUCAUUAUGUAUUAUGUUGUAUAUCUUUGUCUCAUUCUUUUCUCUUCUUCUAUCAUUUAUGAUAUUGUACCAUUUCGUUUAUCAUUUUAUUCAGACACAAUACGAUUAUUGAUCAUACACGCAACACUAUGAUAUGCUUUUCUUUUUUUUUUUUUAUAAAUCACUGUACAAUUCUUUCUUGCAAUAAUAAACUAGUUUAAAAAAUA